CUCUCCUCUCAUCGCCGUCGUUACUCGGCGAUUUAUUUAUUCUGUUUUAUUUAUUUGGUUUAAUUUCCUAAAAAACAUAAAUUCCUCUCGAACUCGGCGACCCGUUACGGCCCUCAGAUCGGUUAAGUAUCACUGGCCACGCAUUUAUCACCGUCAGAUCUGAUCUGGUAUUUUUCGUGAUCCGUGAAGAGUUGCUUGCUUCUACUGAGAAUACUGUGUAGUGCUACAUUGUUGUCAGUGGUCUCCGGUUGGUGAUCGGACUCGGCUUCGGGUCGUGGUUGCUCUUUCUCGGGGAUUUCUGAUCGGAAUGCGGGUUUUUCUUUGAUUGAUCAAUCGGAGCUUUAUUUGCGUCGAUUUGCGUGAGAAUGUCGGGCCCGCUGGACCGGUUCGCCAGGCCUUGCUUUGAAGGUUUCUCUGGUAGUGAUGAGAGAAAAGAAAGGAAAUCUGAUUUUGAGAACUCUGAGGAUGAAAGGAGGACUAGAAUUGGGUCUCUGAAAAAGAAAGCAAUCAGUGCAUCUACCAAAUUUAAACACUCUCUCAAGAAAAAGAGCAGUCGAAGAAAAAGUGAUGGCCGGGUCAGCUCUGUUUCCAUUGAGGAUGUUAGGGAUGUAGAGGAGCUUAAGGCCGUUGAUGCAUUUCGACAAGCGCUACUCUUGGAUGAAUUGCUCCCAGAAAAACAUGAUGAUUACCAUAUGAUGUUGAGGUUUUUGAAAGCAAGGAAGUUCGAUAUUGAAAAAGCAAAGCAUAUGUGGGCUGAUAUGCUUCAGUGGAGGAAGGAAUUUGGUGCUGACACCAUCAUGGAGGAUUUUGAGUUCAAAGAGUUAAAUGAAGUUUUGAAGCACUAUCCUCAUGGUCAUCAUGGUGUGGACAAGGAGGGAAGACCUAUUUACAUUGAAAGACUGGGAAAAGUUGAUCCUAACAAACUUAUGCAAGUUACAACAAUGGAUCGGUAUGUAAAAUACCAUGUGCAAGAGUUUGAGAAAAGCUUUGCAGUAAAGUUUCCAGCUUGUACCAUUGCUGCAAAGAGGCACAUAGAUUCAAGUACUACAAUCUUAGAUGUUCAAGGCGUGGGCUUCAAGAACUUUACAAAGUCUGCACGGGAACUCAUCAUGCGGCUGCAGAAGAUUGAUGGUGACAAUUAUCCGGAGACUCUUUGCCAGAUGUUUAUCAUCAAUGCUGGUCCUGGAUUUAGGCUACUUUGGAACACUGUAAAGACUUUUCUAGAUCCCAAGACAACUUCCAAGAUUCAUGUUCUUGGAAACAAAUACCAGAACAAAUUGCUUGAGAUAAUCGAUGCCAGUGAGCUGCCAGAAUUUCUGGGUGGUAGCUGUACCUGUGCAGAUCAGGAAGGUUGCCUCCGGUCUGACAAAGGGCCCUGGAAAAACCCUGACAUACUAAAGAUGGUUCUUAAUGGUGAUGCAAGGCGUGCUAGGCAGGUUGUGAAAGUUUUAAACAGCGAGGGGAAGGUUGUUGCUUAUGCGAAGCCACAGUACCCAAUGCAGUUAAGAAGUAGCGAUACGUCCACUGCUGAAUCAGGAUCUGAAGCUGAAGACAUCACAUCCCCAAAAGCAAUUAAGAGUUAUUCAAACCUUCGAUUGACUCCUGUUCGUGAAGAAGCUAAGGUGGUUGGAAAGACAAGCUAUGCUGGUAGUUUCUCCGGGUAUGAUGAAUAUGUUCCAAUGGUUGACAAGGCAGUUGAUGCUAGUUGGAAGAAGCAAGCAUCCCUUCAGAGGCCUUGUACUUCCAAAGGGACACUUCCCCUACCUCAAACACAAAAGACGCCUGAAGGGAUUCGUGCUCGGGUUUUGGUGGCGCUUAUGACCUUCUUUAUGACCCUUUUCACUCUCUUCCGUUCAGUGGCUGGUCGUGUGAUGAAGCAGCUUCCUCAAAACCAAUCUAAUCAUGAGCAAAAUAUUCCUGCAAUCACUAUUGAUGCAACAGACAAAGAGGAGUUUCGCCCCCCUUCACCAACUCCAGCUUACACACAGGCAGCUCUCAUGUCCUCUAUGCUGAAGAGGCUGGGUGAGCUUGAAGAGAAGGUGGAUACACUCCAAUCAAAGCCAUCUGAGAUGCCUUAUGAGAAAGAGGAAUUGCUUAAUGCUGCUGUUUGUCGUGUUGAUGCCCUGGAGGCAGAGCUAAUUGCGACUAAAAAGGCUCUGCAUGAAGCUUUAAUGAGGCAAGAAGAAUUGCUUGCUUACAUUGACGGUCAGGAGGAAGCCAAGUUGCGGAAAAAGAAGUUCUGCUGGUAAGAUGUUUUGCUGAUGAAGGUACUGCAGAAGAUUUGUUUGAUCUUGCAGCUGAGACUGUCUCUGCAGUUUGAUGUAAAAAGAUGAAGCUUUGGAUGUUCUGAGACCGUCUCUGCAGUUUGAUUUUUACAAUCUAAUGCCUCCCAUGUAAUGUUUGGAAACAGUGGGACUUUGUAACCAAAGAGUUUUCUUAUCUGUUAAUCUAGUUUGAUACUACUGCGAGUUUGUAUC